AUGAGUGAGCCUAAUGGAAAUACAAAACGGGAUGAAUAUUGUGGUGAAUCUUUGAAUGGUGAUGAAAAUGAGGAUCUAUUGGAUCACCUUAAUGACUCGGAUGAUAGCGAGGAGGAUCGUCGUUUUAUAACUGUUGGCAUAUGUGCGCAAUGGAAAAAAGUCAAAGCCAAACCUAUGGAAGAAAUUUUGCAUCGUUUAGAACAAUUUGAAUUUAUGCGCAUAAUUGUGUUUUCGGAACCCAUGAUACACGAAAAACCUAUUGAUGAAUGGCCAUUUUGUCAUGUGCUAAUUAGUUUUCAUAGUAAAGAUUUUCCAUUAGCUAAAACGCAGCAAUACGCUCGUCUUCAUAAACCAUUUCUUAUCAAUGAUCUUGAUAAACAGUGGGAUAUUAUGGAUCGUAUCAAAGUACAUGAAAUACUUAACGAUGCUGGAAUAGCACAACCACGUUAUGGUCUAUUGAGAAGGACUUUAAAUGCUGAUGGAAUAUGGCAAAUAUUGUCUGUAGUUAAUGAGCAAGAUGAUCAAAUUGAAAUCGACGGUGAAGUAUUUCAUAAGCCAUUCGUAGAAAAACCCGUAUCAGCUGAAAACCAUGAUGUUUAUAUUUAUUUUCCAUCAUCAGCUGGUGGCGGAUCACAAAGAUUAUUCCGAAAGAUUGGUAGUCGAAGUAGUGUUUAUACAUCUGAAAAUAGUAUUCGUAAGGAUGGUUCAUAUAUUUAUGAAGAAUUUAUGCCAACAGAUGGUACAGAUGUCAAAGUCUAUACGGUUGGUGCUGAAUAUGCACAUGCCGAAGCAAGAAAAUCUCCAGGACUUGAUGGGAAAGUCGAACGAGAUGAAUUUGGUAAAGAAGUACGUUAUCCAGUUAUAUUACGGGCUGAUGAAAAAUUAAUUGCCAUGAAAAUAUGUUUGGCAUUCAAACAAGCUGUAUGUGGUUUCGAUUUACUUCGUGUUGAAGGGAAAUCAUUUGUAUGUGAUGUAAAUGGUUUUAGUUUUGUUAAAAACAGUACUAAAUAUUAUGAUGAUUGUGCAUCGAUUCUCGGACAUAUGAUUAUGCGUGAACUUGCACCAACACUUUCCAUUCCAUAUCCAUUAGCUUAUCAAGCUAAUGAUCCGCCUUUUGUACCAACUGCACUAGGCACAAGAAUGGAACUUCGAUGUGUUAUUGCAGUUAUUCGACACGGGGAUCGAACGCCAAAACAAAAAAUGAAAAUGGCUGUUCUACAUCCAUUAUUUUUUCAAUUAUUCGAAAAAUAUAAUGGUCCAAAAUCAGGUCAUCUGAAAUUAAAACAUCCGGGACAACUUCAAGAAGUUCUUGAUAUAACUCGAGCACUACUCAAAGAACUUGAUGAUAAAGGAAUAAAUCGAUUUCCUAAUUCAUCUGAAACACGAGGCAAACUAGAUCAACUCAGACAAGUAUUAGAAUUAUAUGGGCAUUUUUCUGGUAUUAAUAGAAAAAUUCAAUUGAAAUAUUUACCAAAAGGUCUACCGAAAAAAACCAGUAGUGAAGAUGAACCCAAUAACAUGCCAUCUCAACCUUCAUUACUCUUAGUAGUUAAAUGGGGAGGACAAUUAACUCAAACAGGAAAAAAUCAAGCUGAAGCACUCGGCAAAGCAUUUCGUAAAAUGUAUCCAGGUGGCCAAGGUGCUGUUGGCGAUCGGCCUGAUGUUGGUCUUCUUCGUUUACAUUCCACAUUUCGGCACGAUUUAAAAAUCUAUGCGUCCGAUGAAGGUCGCGUGCAAAUGACAGCUGCGGCUUUCGCUAAAGGAUUAUUAGCACUCGAUGGUGAAUUGGCGCCUAUACUUGUACAAAUGGUAAAAAGUGCAAAUACAAAUGGUUUACUUGAUAACGAUGUUGAUUCAACUAAAGAACAACAAAAAGUCAAACACACAUUACAUGACCUUUUAGCAAAAGAUCGAUCGUUUACACAAGAGGAUUAUGAUACCAUAGCACCAACUCGUUCACGUUCUUUAAUAUCAUCUAUGAAUUAUAUUAAAAAUCCUGUUUCAGCAUGUCGAAAUAUAUAUCAGUAUAUUCAUGAAAUGAUUGCACUUAUUCAAUCUCAUGAGCUCAAUCCUACUUCAGACGAAUUAUUUCAUUCGGAAACAUGGGAUCUUUGCUUGAGACGAUGGUUGAAAUUAUCAAAAGAUUUUUAUGAUAAACAAAAAGAUAGAUUUAACAUAUCAAAAGUACCUGAUAUAUAUGAUUCAAUAAAAUAUGAUUUACUUCAUAAUAAAAAUGCUCUGCAAUUUUCCUGUGCAGAAGAUUUGUAUGUAUGUUCGAAAGCAUUAGCUGAUAUUGUUGUACCUCAAGAAUAUGGUAUGACAGUUGAUGAGAAGUUAAGCAUAGCUCGUGGUAUUAUUACUCCAUUACUUCGUAAGAUUCAAGCUGAUCUUCAGUGUAAUUUAACUGGUGUUCUUACUCAUGAUGAACAUGUUAAUAAAUUAGAUCCAAGCUAUUCAAAAGGUAUACAGACACCUGGUCGACAUGUGCGUACAAGAUUAUAUUUUACAAGUGAAUCUCAUGUCCAUUCGCUCCUUACAGUUAUUCGUUAUGGUGGUUUACUAGACGCAUCCGACGAUGAACAAUGGAAGCGUUCGAUGGAGUAUUUAGAUACCGUAUCUGAAUUGAAUUAUCUAACACAAAUUGUUAUUAUGCUAUAUGAAGAUUCAAGUGAAGAAGAAAAUUCUGAAAGACGUUUUCAUGUUGAACUACAUUGUUCGCCCGGUGCCUAUGGAUGUUUUGAUGUUUUACCAGAGGCCGAUUCGGUUACUUCAAAUACCAAUCGUACUGUUUUACCAAAAAGUAAUCGGCAAGCAGCUCAUAGUCCGCCAAGACAUCACAUUCAAAUACCAAUAGCAUCGUCAUUAGUAACGUUGACCGAACCGAAUAUCUCAUCAUCAUUACCAUUAUCUCCAUUAGCAGAAUCUUUACCAGUAGAAUCUUCGCUAGCAAUAUUAACGCCAUCAUCUAAACCAAAUUCAGAAUCGACUUUAAAUACAAUUGAAGAUACAGAAGAAUCGACACAGUCCGAAAAAAUAAUUCAGAAAAUCAUGAAACCCCGACCAUUUAUAUCGAAAACAGUUUAUCGAAGUCGAAAUGGAAUGACACCAGGUCGAACACAUUCCGGUGAUUUUUCUUGCAAUGCAACUCAUCGUUCCGAACAUCAUACAAUUGGAAAUAAUAAUGUUAUGAAACCGAAAUCUCUUGAAGAUGACGAAUCAGAUUUACAGCACGUAACAUCACAGCAGACUGUAUUACUUAAUUCAUUUUCGACGAAAUUUCGUCGAAAAUUGAGUACAAACUACAGUCUAUGUUCAGCAAGAUCUCAAACGAGUUUGCCAUCUAGUCAAGAUGUUUCGCGUCGAAAUUCGGAAUCGACUCUAUCGCAUAAUUACUACAAUACAGUACAUGGCAAUUCUUCCGAUAAGCAUAGAUCUACUUAUGUUCCUUUGACAAGUAUUUUUAGUACAAAAGUAAUUACCGGUGCAAAAUCGACGCCUGAUCUCAAUAAAUUACUCGAGCGUAAACAAGCUGGAUUAAUAUGUUUCGAAACUGCUGUUGUUGCUCCGUUAGAAACAUUAAAUACAAAUUUAAAUUAUAAAAUUCUUGAUGAUUUUAUUGGUAAAAUAACCGAUUCAACAACGAAACUUUUUUCGCCAAUUUUACUCGAUGAUGAAAACAAAAAAAUCAAAACUGCCAAUGACGAACCACCGAUUUCACCCCCAAUACAUAUUCCAUAUGUAUCAACAAAUCGAUUUAGUGUUGAAUCUGUUGAUAAUGCUAACAGUACAAUUGUUGAAAAUGAUAAAAAGCUACACGUUGGCUUUAGUAAAACAACACACUAUUCAAUAAACACAAUAGCAGAAUUACCUGAAAAAUCAUUAGACGAAGAGCGGUAA